AUGUUGACAUGCGAAAAAAACUACACUUCCCCUCUGCUGUCGCAUGCGCUCCUGUCUCCCAUUGGCUGCCCGUUCCAGCCGCAGCCCCAGAGAAUGAAUGAAAUUGAAAUAGCUGCUACAUUACAUGUACAAUACCGGGCGCUGCAGCGUUGCAUUCUAUCAUACUACACCAAAAUGGCCACAGCGGUACAGAACCACCUCAAAUCGCAAUCUGGAGGUGCAGUCAUCAAGAACAGUCUUGGAGAGGAGUUCUACAAGGAAGCCAUUGAACACUGUCGCAGUUACAAUGCCCGUCUGUGUGCUGAGCGCUCCAUGCGUCUCCCCUUUCUGGAUUCCCAGACAGGUGUGGCCCAGAGCAACUGCUACAUUUGGAUGGAGAAGAAUCACCGUGGACCAGGUCACGCGCCAGGUCAGUUGUACACGUAUCCUGCUCGGUGCUGGCGCAAAAAGAGGCGGUUGAACAUUCUGGAGGACCCACGGCUUGUUCCGAUUGAGUUUAAAAUUGACUAUGAAGCCUCCCUAAAGAAGGAGGGUGGUAUUCCAGAUGGCCCUGUGUUGGAGUCACUGCUUGCUGGGGAUACUCUGGACAAGAAGGUGGAAACAAAAGAGGAAGAGCCAAUGAGCGAGUGUCAGAAAUUGCUUGUUGGAGAUUUCCCGCAUGAGCUGGAGGUGGAUGAGAUGGAAGAAGAUGUUCCUAAGCGCAAGAACCGUACCAAAGCACGGGCCUACGGGGUUGGUGGCAUGAGAAAGCGACAAGAGCCACCUGCUAUAGAAGACAGAGACAAGCCCUAUGUCUGUGACAUAUGUGGAAAGCGCUAUAAAAACCGCCCAGGACUGAGUUACCAUUACACUCACACUCAUCUAGCAGACGAAGAGGGCGAGGAAGACUCAGAGAGGCACACGCUUCCUUUCCAACGCAAAAACAACCACAAGCCCAAAAAAGCAGCGGAUGGCUCUGUCAUCGCAAAUGGAUACUGCGACUUUUGCCUCGGAGGCUCAAAGAAGACUGGCUGUCCUGAGGACCUCAUUUCCUGUGCGGACUGUGGACGCUCAGGCCACCCCUCCUGUCUGCAGUUCACAGUGAACAUGACAGCUGCAGUGAGGACUUAUCGCUGGCAGUGCAUCGAGUGCAAGUCCUGCAGCCUGUGUGGCACCUCUGAGAAUGACGAUCAAUUGUUGUUUUGUGAUGAUUGUGACAGAGGCUACCACAUGUACUGUCUGAGCCCUCCUAUGUCUGAACCUCCAGAAGGAAGCUGGAGCUGUCAUUUGUGUUUGAGACAACUGAAGGAGAAGGCCUCCGCCUACAUCACCCUCAAUUAAUAUAGAGAGCGAGCUAUGUGCGCCUCAUCGCCUCGGCCCUUCAUCCUGUCCCAUACAUUUUGGGCCACCUUCACGUUCCGACUGUGGGACCUAUGACUCAGCCCGAGACUCAGCAACUUCAUCUGAACAUCUGAGGAAAGGCAACUUGUAACUUUUGACAUCCAUUUGUCAGUCACACUGCUCUACUGUGAAUGGUACACAAGCCCCCCAACACAAAAACACCCAAAUAAAAAAAUACUUUCGUCCUCUGGGGCAGAAGAAUUCAUCAGCCGGCAAUAGGUUUGCUCACAAGGCACACUCCAGCCUGCCAACGACACUUUGGAGGAAUACUACUCCACUGGAGCCCCCUUAAGGGCCCUCAAAAGAGCCCUAAUUAUCUUUGCCUGCAACUCAUUCAAGUAGUGAGAGAGAAAUAACCAGUCGGAAAGGUGCAAAGCAUAUGACAUGGCUUGGAAGACGACAGGGCAAUAUCUUUUCCUCAUAAGAACUGUGGGAAAUAAACUUUUAAGGCUUGCGCAGUGAACUUCUGUGGGAUCUUGCUGGGCCGAGCAGUUUGCAGUAAUUGUACAGAAUUCAGACUCAUUCAAAAAACGAAAAUCCUGAAGACAAUUUAACAUCUAUGUAAGUGUGGAGCUUGAACCACGCACGGAUUUCAUGAUGGAUUAUAAAGGCUCACAGUGUCCAGUUAAAUAUCAACAUGUGGAGUGGAUCUUCUCAAAUCAGCUGUCUCUGGACACUGUAUAUGGCAGGAGAAGAAGUGACAGUUUAUAAUUUGGAUAUCUCCAAAAAACCACCUUCCACUUCUGUGAGACAGUGACUGUGAAGCCAACACAUCACUUGUGUAUUGUCAGUGUGUUGAGAAUGUAGGAUUGUCGUGUGGAUUACACAGUUUGUCUGGCCUUUUGUAGGGUUAAUUUUGAUUAUUACUACUUUUCAUUUGCAUGUCGUUAUUUUGAUUGUUUGGCAAAUGUUUUUAAUUGAACUCGAGAAGGAAGCACACUUAAAUUGCAAUAAUGUAUUUGUGAUAGGAGCAGUUUGGGGCCAAAUUAGACGUGUUUUUAAUGGUGUAUGCGUGCGCGUGUGCGUGCGUGCGUGCGUGAGUCCGAGUAGUGCAGUAGUUGUAGCUGGCUCCGCACUCAAUGGGAGCUACGUGAAACGUUGGCCAUCGGGUAAAAUGGAUUUACCGGUAAUUUGAAUGUUAGGAAAAACAAGAUUUUCCUGUUGGCGCAUUCCGGCAGUGACGCAAGUGAGACAAAAUCAUUGUUUUAAACAGAAAAUAUUACAAGUUAAUGCUCAAGUACUACUUAUGUAAAAAACCAAAUUCAAAUAACUGAGUCUUGCAGUUCUCACUGUGACACACAUUGUCUACCAGUCAUUCCAUAACACAAGUACUCAAGUGAUACAUGAUUUUUAUUUAUUUUUUAUUUUUUUAUGUGCUAUUACUCCUCUACCUCUUUCUUUUCCUUUUAUAAACUCAAUAUUCAGGGGCUAAAUUGUGGAGGUUAUACCUCAUUAAACAGUUUUUUUUUUUUGUUAUAUUCAUUCUACUAUGCUUUAACUAAUGUCACCUCAUUAACCCUUUUUUCUUAUUAUUAUUAUUUGCAACAACAGAUGCCCUGUGAUUGACUGGCGACCAGUCCAGGGUUUACACCGCCUCUCCCACUGCUGGGAUAGGCUCCAGCGCCCUGUAAUCCCAAUGAGGGUAAACGUUACAGAAAAUAGACGGAUGGAGCUUGAUAACAACCACUCCUAUAACUUAAAGGGGAAGUUUAGAAUUUUUUACAUCAGGCGUAAUCUUCAGGUUAGUGAGGGUUUAAUUAGUCGGUGAAGUUGAUUCCAACAAAUUUCACAGUGUGUUAGUUUCAGGACUCCAGAGUGGCUAAACUAGCGCGAGUCAAUUAGGCCGAUUUAGCAUGCCAAUAAAAAACAACAUAUGCACACAUGAAAAUCUUCGAUGACCCAUGCAAUCAAUAGUGUUGGCUAUUUUUUCAGGAUUAAGUUAUUGAAAUUUACCAUUGCAUGUCAAUAUUUGCAGUAUGAACAGCAACAUUUGUAAUCCAGAAGCUCUGCAGAGGAGCUGGGCGGAGUGAUAGCACAUCGGUUUUUUUGCACCGCUAAUUUUUUAUUAGUGUUCCACCGAUACCAUUUUUUGGCUCCGAUACCUAUACCUGGCUGUGCAGUAUCAGCCGAUACCGAUACCAUACCGGUACCACUUUGUUUGAAAUGUAUUUAUUUAUUUAUAUUUAUUUAUUUUAAGUUUUUAUUGCAUACCUUGUAUGGUUGACAAUAGUUAAAUUAACCUUUGGCUCUCAAAGGCCAAAAUAGUGCUAAACUCAUGAAAUUAAAACAUGUAUAAUACUAGCCCAACUGUAAGAAUAAUGAAUAAACCUUUUUAAACCCUGAGUUUUGGCUCUCAAAGGCCAAACAGUGCAACUUUCAUGAAAUUAUAAGUAAUAACAAUUGACCACAGUAUCCUGUCUCUCUGUUAGCCUCCCUCUCUGUGCACCAGCAGCAAAACACACUUAGCCACUUAGCUUGGCUUACUUUGCUUAUUUCUACAGCACGUCUGAAUAGGCUUGUCACCCAUCCUUUGAAAUAAGGAAUCGUUCCGAAUUUGGAAUUAAAAGUUGUGUUCCAUAUUAAACCAAUACGGAAUAUAUAUAAAUAGAUACAUUUUUAUGUAUUUUAGGAAUUUAGGGGAUGUCCCUGUUUUUUUCGUUGCCUGUACAGAUUUGGCGCGAGGGGAGCGUCCCUUAUUUCUAUUUCUAAAAGGUGGCAACCCUACUUUUAACUCCACCUCUCCAAACUUUCAGGCCACAAAUCUUGCAAUCUUCCAUUGUACGCGACGGAGAUUAUAAAUUGAAAUAUUUCCAGACCGACGACAUUUUCCUCUCAUACUAUGUUUUUCCUCCAUAUGAAAAAGCUGCCUCGGCAUUGGUUAAGAGCGGCUAUUGGCCCGCUCUUAUUGGCCUGGAGCAGGCCAAUAGCGAUAGCUGCUUGGCAUGCAACGUGAUCAUGUGUCAUCACACAACAGUGAGUGUAACGAGCGUCAGGAGAAAAAAAGGCUGCGGUCAAGUGUUAUAAUACUGGACCGGUAAACUGUAACGGCGCCCUCUAUGUUGGUACUCGCCGAUACCGAUACCACCAUUUCAUCCGGAUCCGCCCCUCCUGCUGAUACUGGUAUGGGUAUCGGUGCAUCUUUAUAUUUUUUAUGUCGUAUUGUUCUUCCUUCUUCAUAGGGAAUUUGUGGAAACUCAGCAGACUGAUGCUGCAUUCCAGGAAGGUGGGAAGUCAGAGUUUCCAGCUUCCAAAACAUAUCAUUGGAAUGCAUCCUCUUGAUCACUUUCGAGAAGGCAGGUUUGCUGGAGGUCAAAAUGUCUUUUGAUAGCCAAAAUACAAAACAGCAUCGCAAUCAGUCAUCUUUGCUGUUUACGUUUGCUUGGAAAGCUUUGAGGUCACUACUUGUAACCUCCGAGUGGGAGAUGUCCGACUUCCAACCUUCAAAUGCAGCGUGAGUGGCCGAAGCACUCCUCUCUAAUGUGGUCGUUUUACGCAUCUUAAAAAAAAACAGUCCUGCAGAUUGAAAUGAAUUACGGCAGUUUUUUUGUGACAUUGUUUUGGCCGCAUGGGUGUUUUGGAACAAUGAUCUGCCUUUUGAAUUUAUUUGACUAUGUUGGAUCUGUUCUUAGAUCUGUAUUGUUUUUUUAUUGCCAUGCUAAGUUGGCCCCAUUGACUCGCGCAAGCUUAGCCACUCCGGAGCCCUGGAACUACCAAAUAACUUACAAACUGCACGGAAUUUGUUGAACUCAACUCCACCAACUAAUUAAACCCCUGCUAACUCGAAGAUUAAGCUUAAUGUCAAGAAUUCUGAACUACCGCUUUGAGUCUACUUGUUAGCAGACCCAUUAUGGGCAGCUGUAGUUGCAUCAAAAUACCCAUAGGUCUGCCUAAUUUCCACAUUUACGUAUGUAGUGGGAGUGGAAACACAAUUCAUAACAUUAGGGGUGGUGAUCAAAGUUUCAUUGAAGCUUCAUGUCGGUAGACGUUUAUGUCUCUUCCUCGCUCUGCACAAUGAACCAGUAAAACCAGCAUGUACAUAAGUGUCACUCUACCAGAAACAAUACAAUGUUUCAUUAAAGAUUCAGACUUGCAUAUAUUUUGAGGAAUCUUCUAUUGAUGAAAAAAAUAAAAUCCUGAGCCAGUGUAACGCUCAGUCUCAUUUAGGAGGACAGUUUUAUCUUUUAGCUUUACGGUUUGUGAUGCGAGAUGUCUUUUAGAAGAUGGCAACAUAAUUUUAAUUGUACAGUCUUGUGCAAGAGUCUUAAUCUGUCAUUCCAUUUGUCUUUUUUAGCAGUGUUGAAAUGAUAAUGCAGAACUAGAACAUCACUCAGUAUAGCACAGUGCUCAGCCAAAGUCAAACAAAAGUAACAACAACAAAGAACAAUUAGUGAUGAACACCAUUUUAGUGCUUUGUUUGCAUGCAUGUUCAUUACUUUGGUUGUUUCCGGGUUUAUGGUCGAUGAAGAACAAACUGGCGGUGCCAUUAUCACUCUGGGGGCUGCAAUUGCAUUAAUGCCAUACAAACCAAAUGGUGAAAAUGCAAUUGGGCAUCUGCACCUUCAUCAAGUUUGGUCUUGUUUUGUCUCUUGUCUAAAUCAGUGGUUCUCAAACAUGUUACAUCAAGUGCGACCUCAAAGAGAAUUUGGUUUUGCUGAGUACCACCGUCAUUGCCAACAUUACAAGUAGUGUAGUAGGCCCAAACGAUUAUAUGUAUAUAUAUAUAUACAUAUAUAUAUAUAUAUAGAAAGAUUAGAUUUAGUUGGGGGGGUGGUCGUGUACUUUGACUCAAAUGGUACCUUUAUCUUUAAAAUUUGUUUUCCUAAAUAUUUUUUUAAUCAGUUGUAAAACAUGAAAUGUGAAUUAAGUUGAGUACAAAUUAACUGUAGUUUAUAAAUGCAUUGAAAUGGAUCAGAAAAAAAAAAAAAAUAGUUUGAGCAUUUAAUUCAAUCAAUCGUUCACGUACCACUAAAGGUAACACAGACUUAAUGCUUUGAGAACCACUGCUAUGAAUACUUAAAAUUCAAGUAUGUCACUGCUAAGGCAAUUUGGUUUACAUGAAUGACAUCUUAAAUAAUUCUAAUGUUAAAUUUGAUCGUUCAAAACAAGCAGAUAAAAAAAACUAUAAACCAUAUUAUUAUUUGCUACAUUGCUGCCUUAUUUCAUCUUUAUAUUUCCCAUACUCUUGAUCCAUAGUUAACAUCGACAUGAAUGAAAAAGCAUCCAUAUGCUAAAGUUAACCAGAGCUAAUGUGCUGUAUUUUGUUUUAAGCAUUUCCAGCAGUAAACACUCAAUAAAAGGAUGGAGUUCUUGUACUGAAUUUAACAAACAUGGCCAUCAAGUUGUGUUGAAGAAGGUUUCAUAUUGCCAUCAAUACAGUUUUACAAUUGUGUUUGAGCGAUUUGGUCAGAUUUGCACAAAACAUUUGUUAUUUAUUUGUUCAUUUAUUUAUUUAUUUAUUUAAAUGUUUAUAUUGUGCUUAUUGUACUUUUGUUCAAAAUCCCUCCUAUUUCUCUGAGAAAAGGUCAACAUAAUGUCCUGGUUAAAUCCACAAAGCAGUCAUCUCAUGUGAAAUCCUAAUUUGAGUAGAAAUAGCUUAUGAUUGUUUGAUUGAUGUGAGUUGGAAUGUUUGUAUUUAUUAAUGGAUGAGGGUGGUGGUAACUGAAAAGCCUUUAAAAUUAAAAGCUUUCCUGGCACUUAAUGGUGGAGUCAUUUUGAUUGUACUAUGUGAGAAGGAUACGGCAGCCAUUUUGUAAAAUGGGCAUCAUGUUAUUUGUGAAGUGAAUCUUGGCUUCUCUUGUAAAUCCUCAUUCUGUAAUUUUGCUUGCACUUUUUGAUUUCCCAACCAAAAAGAAGAUAAUUGUAAGAUUUGUAAGUACGUGUGUAUGUGCACUUAUUAUUUUUGUAUGUUUCCCUCCCCCAAUCUGAUUGUCUUCUGAAAAAUGACCCUGAAUAAAAUGUUUUAGUUUGUAUUUUCUACCAUAAGAGGAAGAUGAAAUCUUGGACACUUUUUCGUCUCAUGCUGACAUUACUGCAAAUUGUCUGUAAAUUCAACAGUCUGCAUUUUUCUUCCCUUGACUCAGUUUUUUUUCCAUUAAAAUGAUGACA